CCGCCCACCUCUCGCCUUCCUCUUUCCUUUCCCUUUAAAUAACUUGCCAUUUUAUUUUUCAAAAAAUAAUAUUCCCUUCCCCGCCAAGCUUCCCAAAGCCAUUAUUACCACCACUUCGCCGAGCAAAUCCAUCUCCCUCUCCCCGCGUGAUAUCCAUCUGAGCGUUUUUGAUGCCUCUGCGCACUCUUUUACUCCCCCCACUCCUAACGGCAUGAUCGCCAUUUAAUUCCCUCCCUCCCUCCCUCUCUAUCUCUCUCUGUGUCCUCUACCUUCUCUUGGUAUUUAAGAUGGGUCGGAGAGCCGGUGGAUCGAAGGAGGAGGAGGACGAGUCCAAGAUGGAAGCUGGAGGCGAUGAGUGGUACGACGUGGUGGAGCAAAUCGGGAGGGGUUCCUUCGGUGCCGCCUUUCUCGUCCUCCACAAGACCGAGCGCAAGAAGUAUGUGCUAAAGAGGAUACGAUUGGCGAAGCAGACGGAGAAGUUCCAACGUACUGCUCAUCAGGAGAUGGCUCUCAUGGCAAGUCUGAGUAAUCCGUACAUCGUCGAUUACAGAGACGGCUGGGUGGACAAGGGAAGUUCUGUUUGUAUUGUCACUGGUUAUUGUGAAGGGGGUGAUAUGGCUGAGAGGAUAAAAAAGGCCAGAGGAGUGUUGUUCUCAGAGGAGAGAGUAUGCAAGUGGCUGACCCAAUUGCUUUUGGCCGUCGAUUACCUGCAUUCCAACCGUGUUCUCCAUAGGGAUCUUAAGUGUUCUAACAUAUUCCUAACAAAGGAUGAUGACAUACGGCUAGGUGAUUUUGGACUCGCAAAAUUGCUCAAUUCGGAAGAUCUUGCUUCUUCGGUACAGAAUACUAAAUCACUUGCUUUAAGUUCAGUUGUAGGCACUCCCAACUACAUGUGCCCAGAGAUACUAGCAGACAUACCCUAUGGCUACAAAUCAGAUAUUUGGUCACUUGGUUGCUGUAUGUUUGAGAUUGCAGCACAUCGCCCAGCAUUCCGAGCCCCAGACAUGGCAGGAUUGAUCAAUAAAAUAAACAGAUCCUCCAUAUCACCGAUGCCCACUCUGUACUCUUCUUCACUGAAGCGAUUGAUCAAAUGCAUGCUGAGGAAACACCCAGAACAUAGACCUACUGCUGCAGAGCUAUUAAGGGACCCCUAUUUGCAGCCAUAUCUUGCUGAAUCCUGUAAUCCUUCUCCCAUUUACCUUCCAAUAAAGAGUAACAACAACAGUUCACCAGAGAAACGAGCAAGAAGCCAAGGUAACAGUCAACCACAAGCUGGCACCACCAGUAGUUGCAGUGCGGUGGGAGAUGAUGCAUCAAGACAGUCAGGACCUGUAGCUAAACCAAUAAGAAGGAAUAAAGGAAGCUCAUCAAGCAAGACCAUUAAUGACGCGGCAGAUCUCUGCUCUGCUGGUAACCUAAAUAACAUUGAGAUUAAGAGAAUUGAUCCUAGCAGUUCUAAGAUACGGAUGAGUACUGAUGCUGACGAAAGAGGACAGGAUAAUGGCAACCUAAUCGUUAAGAGUACAGAAGAACAAGAGAGAUUUAAAGGCAAUCAACUAACCAGUGAAAAGACCGGGUGCUUGCCUACAGAGAAGCAACAAACAGACCAAACUGAUGGAACUCUAAUAAGCACCUUGAAGGUGGAAGUUACUGCUAUGGACUCACAAGGAGUGAAGGCAGAUGACAUAUAUGUACAAUGUGAGACAUCAGUAAGAAGUGGAGAGGAAGCAGGCCCAGCAAGACCAGCUAGUGUCCCUCUCUUGCAAAGAACAAAAACAGACAUGGAAGAGACAGGUGGGGUUGCAGAAGUGACCUCAUCAGCAAGCACACUUACCCUUCAAAAUGGUGAUAGCAUACAAGCAGAGUGGGACAACUUGAACAUUAUCCAGCAAAGAGCUAAUGCUUUGGAGUCCCUCCUUGAACUAUGUGCACAGCUGCUAAAGCAGGAGAGGCUUGAGGAACUUGCUGGCGUACUAAGACCAUUUGGAGAGGAAGUUGUAUCAUCUAGAGAAACAGCAAUCUGGUUGACAAAAAGUCUCAUCUCUGCACCCAAAUUGGGAGGGCCCAAAAUCUAAUAGAAACUACAGCUGGUCAAACACCAGUUCCUAGUAUUUGCAGGACCAGAGGAGUGACCCAUUUAGAACAAGCUACUGCCAAAUGAAAGUGCUUCUGCCCAAUCUAUGGAGCUGUUUUUUCUCAACCGCUGAAUUUUUAGCUUCAUGAGACACAAAAAAAUACUCUAAGGAAUGGUUUUAAUAAUCUUGUGGUGCAAUUAUGUUACACAUGGUCAGGUUGGUACGGUACACUGCCGUACUGAUAUAUGGUAUGAUGUUGUAGUUGGCACAACAGCUAUAUUAUGUGUCAAUAUAGGGGGACCAUCAAAUCUUCUCCAUCUUUCUACUCCAAUCCAAAGACCAGCUCAUUCAUCUAGCUCUACUCCAAUCCAAAGACCAGCUCAUUCAUCCAAUCCAAGCCCCCCACACCAAUAGCAUAUCCAGUCGGUGCGGUAUGCUGUAUACAAGGCAACACAGCUUAGUCCUUAAAACCAUUCUCACCAAUAAGAAUUGCUUUUAGAGAUAAGACCAAGUGGAUGCACUGUCAAAAGAAGUUGGACAAAUAGCACUCAGUUGUUCAUACUUACAGAACACCUUGACCUUGUGCAAGGCAACUGUAGUUACAAAUGACAUCUGCUGUUGGCAAAGAAUAACUUCACAGCAAUCCAUAAAUGCAGUAGCUGCUAAGUAUCUUUUGUUCUUUGCCAUCAAGGAAUGUUUAUCCAAGGUAAUUUACCAGAAUAAUGGCUGGCCGGAGAGCAUAUGACAAGAAGAGAACCUGAAGACCACCAACUUAGUGCUGAGCUUCAUAUUUUUACUCAGUGGCUUGUGUUAUCAGUUGAUUUCUACAGUCAAAUAAUGAACUUAAUAACUUGUAACAGGAUGCAGAAAUUUUUUUUGGUACAAUCCCGUUAAGAAUCUAUUGGAGAUUUUCCUAUAGAAUUCAAAAAAAGAAUCCUUGUUUUUGUGAAUUUUAUAGUUUUUUUUCCUGCCUUUUGGAGGCACUGUUGUUAUCAAGCCAUAUACAAGAGGUCUUAUCAAGGCGUCUGCUGUUGACAUA